AUGCAACAUUUUGAAAUUGGCUAUGCAUAUGUGGAUGGUAAAAUAAGUACAGUUUUAAUUGCCGCUAUGAUAGAAUCGGCUGGUAGAACAUUUUUUCGUUUUUAUCAUAUUCCCGAAGAAAUAAUACAAACGAGCGAUGAUGAACCAGUAAAAUUAAAGGCUAUAAAUGAAACUUAUGAGGCGAGAGGUUUUACUUCGCAAUGCUAUAUCGAUAUACGAUGGCAUAAAAUUGAUAUUGCAUUUGAUAAACGCCCUGAGGUUCAAUCUACUGGUGUAUAUGUAUUUGAUAUGAGAUAUCAAUAUUUUACUAGUUCCAAUUUUAAUACAAUUUUAAUACAAUUCUUACCGCAUGGAUGGAGUAAAUUGAAUCCGGACGGUACACCGAUGAAAUGCUUUUAUUUCUAUCGUGAAAUUCAUCUAAUUCCAAUGAUUAGUAAUGGCAAAUAUUUAAUCGUUGAAUCGGAAUAUGUAAAAAAUUACCUAACAUAUACGAAUGGUAAUGUUGUGAAUGGAAUGAUAAAUUUAAAUUAUGUAUCACACGUUAUUGUGAAGGAAUGUCCUUACAGAGAAACAUCUAUAUCAACGUUAGAGUUGUACAAUUCCUUUUCAAACUUGGCUUGGAUAAUUCGACUUGAACUUGAACAAGAAUAA